AUGACGUAUAUAAAGAAGGGUACAGUUAUUUGUGUGAUAUUUCUCGUUCUUUGGGGCGUGUCGUCGCUAGUCGAAGCUUAUGAUCGAUGCUACAGUCGCUCGCGAUGUACAUCUCGAUAUCGAAGUUACAAGUAUUGUUGUAAAAGCAAAUCUUCUUCCUACAAUACUUGUCGCGACAGUUGUGUUGGAUCGUCGUGUAACUCAGAUACGGAUUGCGCUGCUGGAGAAUGUUGUGAUUCUAGCACAGAUAAAUGUAAGACUGGACAUUGUAAUGUGUCUGAUGGUUGGAUUAUUGCAGGCAUUGUUAUCGGCGUUGCUGUUGUUGCUGCCGUACCCUCUGGAAUUGUGUUUUGUUGCUGUCGUGCGGCAAGAGCUUCGAGACGUCCAGCUCAUGGCGGUGCGGUUGUAAUGGCACAACCCGCGACUACAGGAACCACAGUCCUUCAAACCCAACAACAAAAUCCGGUAAAACAAGGACAACCAAUGCAGUUUCAAAACCCUCAACCAUACCCUAACCAACCGCCACCAUAUUAA